AUCUUUCAGUCACUUCGUAAAAGUUUUGAAAGUUGUAAAAACUGUGCAAAAUUAAAACUCCUUAACAAAAAAAAUGCAUAUCUUAAAAUACAGUACUAAAUUAAUAAGUUCGAAAUAACGUUUGCACAAAACUUUAUUUCUUAAUUUUAUCAAAAAUAUAAAACUGUAGACAUUGAAAGGUUACCACUUUAUUAAAAACAUAAAUGAAAAACAAAUUCACGUAACUUUUUUAAUAACAUGGUCUUUCAAAAUUAUUAGCCGUAUUUCAUAUAUCUCGACAUACGUAAGGGCACAUAAAGCUCACUUUAAUAUAUUUUAUAUCAUAAAAGUCGAUACCUAAUAAUAUAAUUAUUGUUUUUAUUUUGUAAGCCUGGAUGCAACGUCGACAAGAGUACGACUUCAUUAGACGUCAUCUAAUCACCAAUGCGUGCGUUGUGUGUAGUUGCCGAUGAGGUUGUUGUUUACGUGUGGUUAUUGCUGGAUUAGGUCACGUUUCUGAAGACAUGGAACUGUACGAAGUCGUAAACACUCAGUAUGCGUUCCCUGUAGGUGUAGUUUUAAUUUGCGCUGUCCUAGUUUUUACAUUUGGCUUUAAAUCCGUGGAGCAACCCGUAUUUCCCCACCUGUCCCAUACGGCCGAUGACCGCAAGCAAACAGCUGGAAAGAAACGCAAAGUUAAGGACAAGAAGCCGCAGCAGAAUGGUCCAUUACCAACGCCCAGCGACGACAGUAGCCCUGAGGUGAAGCAGAAGGAAAGUGUCAGCAAGCAGUCGAGCAAGCAGGACAAGGACAAAUCCCCCACGAAGGAGGCCCCGCGGCGGGAGAAGAAGCAGGAGACGGUGUUGAGCGAGAGCCCCGUCAAGGACAAGAACGCUGUGGUGCGCAGCCGCGGCAAGGAGAAUCAAGCGGAGGAGGCAAAGAACCGCAAGAAUGAGAAGAAUCUGGCCAAGCUGCUCAAGCAGGAGGAGAAACCUCUGGACUUCGAUGAAGGUCAAUGGGAGCAAGCGCUGUCACGCAAAGACAAGAAGAGCCGCAAGAAAGAUGAGCUGAUUGAGGUCUCAACGCCAACGAAGAAAGAGAGCCCCUCCAAGAAGAAGAAGUCGGCCAAGAACUUGGUGCUGGCUGCGACGGACAACAAGCUGCAAGAAGACUUGGAAGGGAAGGCCGACAAGCAGUCUGAGAAGGAGCAGGAAGUCGGAGUCAAGAAGGCAGUGCUGAUUGAGUCGAUGCAGGCGAUGAACAGAGAAAACAGCGCUUCGGAAAAGCAUGCAGAAGAAGAGUCUGCAGAUGCUGCAGUAAAGGCAAAGAAGAAAAAUAAUAAGAAGAAGCCUGCAAAGAACGACAACAACAGUAACAAAGUAGGUUCGGAGCCGACACCAGCACCAUCAGAAUCACGUCGACUGGCCCCUAAAAAGCAGCCCCAGGCAGUUAUAGAGCUGGAUUUGGAGCCUCCAGAACCUAUUGGAGCUGUGGUCUUUGAUGAAUUAGGAGAUGUGUGGAAGGAAGCUCGUGUACCCAAGAAGAGCAAGAAGAAAGUACGCCGUGAACAGUGAAGCACUGAGAAACUUUAAAAAAGAAGAUAUGUAUGGUGAAAGAGAUACUGUUACAUGGAAGAGAGAAAGAAAGAGAAAUUAUCUUUUUGGAGAGGUUUGGUACAAAUUUAUUUUUGUACGUGACCCCUGUCCCCUGUUUUCCUCCCACACCCUCCCCUGGCUCAGCCUGGCCUGGCCCUUCCUUGAUCUCUCGGGGGACAGCAAGUGCACGUCAUUCCACGGUAGGGCCUGCCUGUUGGCUGCACUGAUGGGCAACUUAACACUCUACCGCCUCGUUCAAUCCUGUUGUCUCAAAGGUGAGAUUGUUUAUUAUAAAACUAGUGUUUGUCUUCUUUAAUGUUAGUUUGUCACUUUUAAUUUGUGACGAGCGGUCGGUUUUGUGCCGUGUGAUACUCUUAGAGAGUUGAGCAUUUCUCCAAGACUCCAUUGCAACCCACCCCUGUGCAAUAUUUUCUGUUUUGAAGUUGGUCAGGUGUGUAAGAUGAGGAAAGUUGCAUUAAUUAUAAGGAAUGCAAAUGACUUGGGUGAAGACAGCAAGAUAGUUUAAAAUGUGAUCUUAGAAAACCAAAGGUUUUGUAAAAUGGGAAAUAUUUUUCUAUGUUGAAUGUAAAUGGAGAAUUCUUUAUUUUCAUACAUAUGUUGUUGGAUAUCUUAGUUUAAAAAAGUAUUGAAAAGAAAGAACUGGUUUAUGUGGCAUAUUUAGAACUGGUCUUUAAAUUAAUCUUCAGUUUUAUAGAUAACAAUAAGAGCAGACUUGCAUGUUAUUGUAUUAUUUAUAAUUAUAAUUUUGAUUGUUAAAAAAAAUAUAGUGCCUUUCCAAGUGUUGCAGAAACCUUGUUUUAAGCUGUUUGCUUAAUUUCAUGAGUUCAGUUUGAAAUGUAAUUUAACAUUUCUUGUGUAUGUUUCUGUAUACGGUUUGUUGUGAUACAGGCUUAAAAAUAAAGGGACCAAAUAUAAAUAUACUUAAAAGUAAAUCACCCUGCAAUGUAAUUUUAAGUGUUGAAUACCAGUAUUUUCAAAGUGGCUGUAAAUUGAAGCAGUUUAAAUUUUACUGUUGUGUUCACUCAGGUGUUUGUAGUGAGAAUGAAAUGUUUAUGCUGUGAAAUUGUAAAAUGUGUGUUGGAUAAUUGCAGAGUUUAUGUUAAUGUUGAUGGGUUUAGGUUUAGCGAGGAUAAGUUGUGUUUGUGCAAGCAGGGUAACCUCGAAGAUGAACUCUCGGUUGAAAGGAUUCCACUUGAUUGAUGUUUUUAAGCUCCCUUGAAGUAGUAUUAGUCGCUAAGUAAAGUUUCAUUAUCAUAGAGUUUUUAAUAGUAUUAUGCGAGGUUGUGGGUCUGGCUGGUGUGGAUGUAAUGUUGAUCUAUGUUGAGCGGCUGUGUUAUGGAUUUUUUUUUUCAAUGAUGUAUUUUUACUGUUCCUACACUAACAGUUUUAUUUAGUGCAGCAAUGGAUUUGAAAGUGUAACUACAGUAAUUUCUGUGCAAUUUAAUUUCUAAAUUUAUUUUUGGUGUUUUUGGGAAUACUUUGCAGACUGGAGUUGGGAAGGCAGAUGUACCAUUAGAAGGCACAUUGUGGUUAGAGUAUGAUGGAGAUGUACUAGAUCUAAAUUUUUUUAUAUAAAGGUUUCUGCUCUCA